AUGCGCCGUUUCCUUGUUGCCGUUCUCGUCGUGGUGCUUCUUGCCUGUGGUGCGUGGUUCGAACAAGCGGAGGCGGCCGACGGAAGCCUGUCGGGGCACCCCCUGUCACAUUGCCGGGAUGAUCGCGAAAGGCUCUGCUCCGCCAGUGGCAGGGCGUCCGGGAAUGCGCAGUUCAACUGCAUGCUGCGCCAGCAAGCCAAGAUCAAGAACGCGGUCUGCCGCAGCUGGUACGGUGGUUUGAGUGCCUGCAGGAAGUCCGCCGCAUCACUGUGUCCCUCGCGUGUGAAUAAGGUGAGAGACGUGUGGAACUGCCUCCUUGGCGCCAAGCGCUCCAAGAUCUCACCACAGUGCAAGGCAUCUUACUUCUAUGCGAAGGAAGUUGCCACGAAAGACCUCCGCCCGUACGCCUAG